AAAAAAAAAAAAAAACAAGGAUACUAGCAGCAGAGGACAAACAAAAAUUAACAGCAGAAAAUGCUUGAAACCGUAAAAUACCUGAUCGGCUCCCCUGGCCCAAGCGGCCAUGGCUCCAAGUCCACCGCCGAACAAGUCACUGAGAACUGUCCUAAUCUCCGUUCAUUCACCGCCAUCAUCACCGGUGCCACGUCAGGGAUCGGAGCCGAGACGGCUCGAGUGUUAGCUAAACGCGGCGCGAGGCUAGUCCUUCCGGCUCGGAACCUCAAAGCAGCGGUGGAAGCUAAGGCUCGUAUAGUAUCGGAGUUUCCUGAUUCGGAGAUUUUCGUCUUGGCUCUCGAUCUCAGCUCUCUCAAUUCGGUCCGAAGCUUCGUUGCAGAGUUUAUCUCUCUCAAUUUGCCUCUCAAUCUCCUCAUUAACAACGCCGGCAAAUUCUCAUACGAGCACGCAAUCUCCGAUGAUGGAAUUGAGAUGACCUUUGCUACCAAUUAUUUAGGUCAUUUUCUGUUGACGAAGCAGCUGGUGAAGAAGAUGAUUGAAACGGCAAAGACAGCAGGCGUUCAAGGACGGAUAGUGAACGUGUCGUCAGGCAUUCACAGCUGGUUUUCCGGCGAUGUAAUUCGUAGUGUCGGGGAGAUAACUCGAAACAAAAGUUGGUACGAUGCGACACGAGCUUAUGCCCUGUCGAAGCUGGCCAACGUUUUGCACACCAAGGAACUUGCUCACAGACUGAAGCAAAUGGAGGCAAAUGUGACCGUGAAUUGUGUUCAUCCGGGAAUUGUGAAAACCAGACUCACCAGAGACCGUGAAGGCCUCGUCACUGGUCACCACAAUAAUCUGCUAAAACUGAGUCUUUAUUAUGCAGUCACACAAACCCUUUAUAGUACUUCUGAACUUUUUAUGUUAAAAAAACAUGCAGAUCUGGUAUUCUUCUUCGGUUCAAAAUUCGUCAAGACGAUUCCUCAGGUAGAACGAGUACUAGUAAAGUAGUGUUCAAUGCUGAAGCCUUAAAUCAAAAAGCAUUAGUAUGAUUGAUGGUUAUGUUUUAUAGUGUAUAUAUAUAUAUUAUGGUAUGUUAUUUAAUUGAUCCCAAUUAUAAUUCGUCAAUAUUAUUAUUUGAAUUAUUGAAAAUUAUUAAUUGUUAUUCAGGCAUUGGUACGGCAUCUGAUUGAGAUUCAAAUGUUUGAUAAUUCUUAUUCAGGCAGCUGCGACGACUUGUUACGUGGCAACUAAUCCUAGACUUAAGAACGUAAGUGGGAAGUACUUCGCAGACUGCAAUGAAGCUUCAACGUCGAAAUUGGGUUCCAACUCAACCGAAGCAGCCCGUUUGUGGUCCGCCUCUGAAAUUAUGGUUUCCGGAGGUUCAAAAUUAGCAGCAGUUUUUGAUCCAUUCAAUGAGUUAGACUAAAUGUAAAUUAGUUAUAGUUACUCAAAAACGUAGGCAAGGUAUAAAAAAUUUAUAUUUAUACAUACACAGGAAAACAAAAGGAUAGAUAGUCUCUUUCUAGUCCCUCUAUUCUACGCUUGCCACCAACUACAUUCCUUUGAUUGCUUGUUGUACUGUGACGGAUCGGGAAGAUAAAAUAUUAUUAUAUUAUAUAUUACGAGGCCAUGUAAGCUCUCAAAUCUUGAGUAUAUAUAGCAGCGUAAGUGCAGAGAAAUGUCGACCGGUGUAUGUGUAUGUGUAUGAUAUGGGUUGUCCAACCUAUUAUACUAUAGAAAAACACAAUUUUAAUCGUAUGUCAUUAAAAAUAGUUGUUUCUUUAGGAUAGUGUUAUCCAUGUAAUAUAUGCAUGGCAAAUGGAAUUAUUGGUUCGUGCACACAUACUACAGUUGUGAUUAAAAAAUUAGUGUAUUAUACUACUCUCU